AUGUUUUCUCCAUCAUUAGUCCGCCUUUCACUUCUUGCUUUGAUUGGCCAACUCGUCUUAGCCGAUGAUCCAGCUGGAAAAACUUUUAAAUGCUCUUUGUACACCGGCGCCAACACCACGCACGCAAAAUGUAACGAACGCCCAGAUGUCGUCUGCAAGCAAGGGUGCACCGGCUAUGUCACUGCCGAAGGAUGUCAACCAAACGCUGAUCCAACUGCACCGCCAGCAGGUCCGCCGAGCACACAGAAAUGUGAGAUUGGGUUCGGUCGAAACACGGCUGCGGCUAGAGUUGUAAUGGCACAACUACCGGCGAAGCGUAUUGUCACGGUUGUGUUACAACCAAAUAGUCCCGGCUGA